UCAACUCAAUCCCAUGUAUUUUGCAGGUAGUAGCAGAAACUAUUAAAUCUUGUUUAGACGAUUUACCAGGUUAUCCUCGAACACAAAUUGGCUUCAUAUCUUUUGACAGCAUGAUACAUUUUUAUAAUAUGAAGUCAUCUUUAAUGCAGCCUCAGAUGAUGGUUGUAUCGGAUUUAGAUGACAUAUUUAUUCCAUUGCCAGACGAUCUUCUCGUCAACUUGUCAGAAUCUAGAAAUGUGGUGGAUGCAUUCCUUGAUAGCCUGCCCUCUAUGUUCGAGGGCAACAUGAAUGUGGAAUCAGCAUUUGGUCCGGCUCUUAAAGCGGCAUUCAUAGUUAUGAGUCAACUUGGUGGUAAACUGUUGAUUUUCCAAAAUACACUGCCAUCAUUGGGUGCUGGCCAUCUGAGGCUACGUGGCGAUGAUAUUCGUGUUUAUGGAACAGACAAGGAACAUGCAUUAAGAUUACCUGAAGAUCCAUUUUAUAAACAAAUGGCUGCUGAUUUUACAAAGUAUCAGAUAGCUGUAAAUGUAUAUGCAUUCAGUGACAAGUACACAGAUGUUGCAUCCCUAGGUAUGUUCCAAUUUGAGUUAUUUUUUCCCCUUUUAAAAAAUUAAACCAGGAACCUAAAA